CAACUUUCAGAUAAAAAAAAUGUUUGUUAAAACCUCCGCGACAAUUUUUGGAAUUUUCCUGGUCUUGGUCACGUGGAUUCAUGCCGAAAAAGUGCACGUGAUUGAAGUGGACGAUGUGGGAAAUAAGACAAUUUCAGGAGAAGUUGAAAUUUCAGAUGUGGAAGCCGAAGAAAAAACUGACAAAAAGAGGGAAGUUGAUGCAAAUGAUAUUCAAGAGGAAGUGAAGGCUGAACUCGACAAGGCGGUAGAAAGUCUGAAAGAAACUGCUCGAGAACGUGAAGAAGAAGAGAACAGUCUCCUAUCCCGUUCAAGCCUCGAAUCCUGCGGAGCCAUCGACUGUAAUCACCGUGGAACUUGUCUCGGAACAAAGAAAACAUUCCUCUGCGCAUGCCAAUUGGGAUUUUCUGGAAAGACUUGUGAAGAGACCGUUUGCGACUCGGCUCGCGACUGUAACGGACAUGGAUUGUGCUUUGGAACCACUAACCAGCUGACUUGUCUCUGUAACCUUGGAUACACUGGAAAACGCUGUCAAACUCCGAUAUAAGGGGUUUUAUAUCUUUAUGAGCAAUUACUAACAAAUGUUUUUGACCGCUUUGUAAAUAAAUAUUGAUUAAAAA